AUGGAGAGAGACUAUUCAUUCAUUCGAGUACAAAAGAUUCGUCGUUCUUCGCUCACUAGUGCACCAAAAUCAAAUGUUGGAUCAGUACGAAUGAAUAGAAGAGAUCGCCUGUUCAAAUUCAAUAACGAAAAUCAGAAAUAUCGUUAUCGGAUUGAUUCUAAUAGCCAAUUGGCAUCAUCUUUUUCCAAACGAGAAUCUCAACGUAUUCGCCCAUUCGCAAAGCCGUGUAAUUCCCAGCUAGGCUCAGCAAAACAAUCGACCGAAUAUAAGAAGAAUAGUCGCGGACAGGAUCUAUUUUCGUCUAAAAUUGAUAUUCCAAGUCGAAACAACUCGAAGAAGACAAAGUGGAACUCCCAGUGUACUCGCCGUCGGUGUUGUUGCCUCUUAGCAGCUCUACUGCUGUUUCAACUUCUUGCAGGAAUGAUCGCCGCUAUGACUAUCAUGGGCAUACAAUUGAAAAAUCAAACAACUUACCACUCGACAGUAACAACAACGAGCACAACAUCAACAACACAAACAACAACAACAAGUUCAUCAUCGAGUUCAUCGAGUACAAGCAGUACGUCUUCUACAAGCAGUUCGACAACAACGACUAGUACAUCAACUACAACAGCAUUCGAUUCUUGUAAUUAUCUUCAAUGGAAUCAAACAGGAACCAUCGUUGCAGGCACAACAUUAGCCGGUUCAGCCGCCAAUCAGUUCAAUCAGCCCUAUUGUUUAUACAUCGAUAGUAACGAUAUUCUAUACGUUUGUGAUUAUUUGAACCAUCGCAUUCAAAAAUGGUUGCCAAACGCUACAAAUGGUACGACAAUUGCCGGAAGUAGUACUGGCCUACUUGGUUCGUCAUCUCUUCUAUUGUACCUACCUUUUGAUUUAACAUUUGAUGUUAAUGGAUAUUUAUAUGUGGCUGAUUCUGGAAAUGCUCGUGUGCAACGCUUUCCACCGAACUCACUCAAUGGGACGUCUGUUGCUGGUACAGGUUCUUUAUCGAACGCAUUGAAUGGAUUGAACCAUCCGACAGCCGUUGUGGUUGAUAAUAAUCUGAACCUUUUUGUUCUUGAUGAAGGAAAUACAAGAUUGAUGAAAUGGUUACCGAAUGCAACCAAUGGCUCAGUUAUGAUUGAUGCCAUUGAUUUAAAUUAUGUUUUCGAUUUCGUAUUCGCACUAGGCUCAUCGAACCAAGUUUAUUUAUCCGACAACGGUGCAAGUAAAGUUCGUUUAUGGACAUUCAAUUCGUCCACUGAAGAUCUAUUUCUUCAAACAGUCAAUGCGUCAACGACAACUAUUGUUAAUCCGAGAGGUUUAGCUUAUGAUCCUUAUGGAAAUCUAUAUGUUGCUGAUACACCAAAUAAUCGGAUAGUGAUGUUUUGUGGAAAUUCAACUGUUGGUACUGUUGUUGCUAAAUAUAUGAGUGGAGUGCCGACGGUUUUCGGACCAAGUGGUGUUGCAUUUGAUUCUAAUUUAAACUUGUAUGUCUCCAACUUAUAUAGUAACAACGUUGUCGCAUUUGCUCGUUUGUGA